GGCGAAGAUUAUACAAUAAAUGAUGUUUAAAUUGAAGUCAGAUACUUAUUGCUGCAGAGGUUAUUCUUUACAUUUCGGUAAGUGCAAAACUUCGUUUAACAAUAUUUUAGUAUUUAAUUUACUGAACAAAGGGCAUUAUCCUAAGUAACUUCAAAUAUUCUGAGGCAUACAAAUUUUAACAAAAAUUCUUGAGAUUUACUUCUGAGGAUUAAAUCAGACUACGUAUUUUCCUGUGUGACAUCCCCGAGUGGGCGCAUUCGUUCCGGAUAAAAAGAAAACAGGGUCUUUGGGGUUUGAGAGAAAGAAAAAAUGGGGAGGGGUUAUUUUCCAAUCCACAAGACGGGGAAAAAUGUGUUCAAGGCACGUCAAAGAAAAGAGCUUGAAUUUAAAUGUUCCAAAUACAUUUAUCCCACGCAACACUCCAGGCGAGCAGUAGAAAUUUUUUUUAAGCGCGUUUGGUUUUUGUUAACAUCCAUCAGCAAGAUCUCUCUUUCACAAUACUGGGAGAGGCCUGUUUGUUCCUCCACUCCCACUGUUGAAGUCUGGACAAAGUUUGAGAAACCCCAGGCACCUGCGGCUCUGACCGAAACCGGCGAGGAGCACAGGGAAGCGCGUCACUUCUUUCCAGUUUUCCGUCUCCAGAUCCCAGAUCUUUUUGACCUGCGAUGUGAACGUCCAUCUUCCGUGCCCCAGAAAUAAGAGCUAUUCUGGGGAAGGGAGACCUGGGUCUUCACCGACGCUUCACAAAGGUGUGCGUCCGCAGAACAGGGGCGGGCGGCUCCCGUUCUCUGCAGGCGGCUGCCGUCGGGCCCAAACACCGCAGAAACGAGGCUGGAAGCCGGGGCCCGCACGCGUGAUCACCGCCCCGCGUCCCACCUCGCAGCCCGCGCCCGGCCGGAAGAGGGCGGGGCCUCGGGCCGGCGCGGCGAGGCCAGCCGCGGCGUGGGGUGGGGGGGGGCUCCUCCGGGGCCCGGCCCGCAGCCGCGCGUUUCCGGCGCGCUCCCCCGCGUCCUGCGUCCUGUGGUCUCGUCCGCCCCCGCUGCCAUGUUGGAUUGUGCGGCCGCCACCGCCGCCGCCGCCGCCGAAGGAGGGUUGGAGGAGGAGUUGGGAGUUUAGCGCAGUCGCCGGAGUACGAGGACAACGACCAUCCGGCCAGAGACUAACCGGGCGGGAGCAGGGAGCUUCCCUUUCUCUGCGCGGCCCGUCGUUGGCUCCUCCUUCCCGUGGCCUCCUCCUCCCCGCGCCCGAGGAGCUGCGAGAUGCUGCGCCUCUGAUUCCCCUCCUCCCACCCCUGUCACCGAGAGGGGAUAGAGCGCUCGCCUACUCGCCGGAGACGGCCCUGGACUCGCAACUCCGCCGGCGAAACCAUGAGCUCCGGCCAGCAGCAGCCGCCGCCACCGCGGAGGGUCACCAAUGUGGGGUCCUUGCUGCUCACCCCGCAGGAGAAUGAGUCUCUCUUCACCUUCCUCGGCAAGAAAUGUGUGACUAUGUCUUCAGCAGUGGUACAGUUAUAUGCAGCAGAUCGUAACUGUAUGUGGUCAAAGAAGUGCAGCGGUGUCGCUUGUCUUGUUAAGGACAAUCCACAGAGAUCUUAUUUUUUAAGAAUAUUUGAUAUUAAGGAUGGGAAACUAUUGUGGGAACAAGAGCUAUACAAUAACUUUGUAUAUAAUAGUCCUAGAGGAUAUUUUCAUACCUUUGCUGGAGAUACUUGUCAAGUUGCUCUUAAUUUUGCCAAUGAAGAAGAAGCAAAAAAAUUCCGAAAAGCAGUUACAGACUUAUUGGGCCGGCGACAAAGGAAAUCUGAAAAGAGACGAGACCCCCCAAAUGGUCCUAAUCUACCCAUGGCAACAGUUGACAUAAAAAAUCCAGAAAUCACAACCAAUAGAUUUUAUGGUCCACAAGUCAACAACAUCUCCCAUACCAAAGAAAAGAAAAAAGGAAAAGCUAAAAAGAAGAGAUUAACCAAGGCAGAUAUUGGAACACCAAGCAAUUUCCAGCACAUUGGACAUGUUGGUUGGGAUCCGAAUACUGGCUUUGAUCUGAAUAAUUUGGAUCCAGAAUUGAAGAAUCUUUUUGAUAUGUGUGGAAUCUCAGAGGCACAACUUAAAGACCGAGAAACAUCAAAAGUUAUAUAUGACUUCAUUGAAAAAACAGGAGGUGUAGAAGCUGUUAAAAAUGAACUAAGAAGGCAAGCACCACCUCCUCCACCACCAUCUAGGGGAGGGCCGCCUCCCCCUCCACCCCCUCCGCAUAGCUCAGGCCCUCCCCCGCCUCCUGCUAGGGGGAGAGGCGCUCCUCCUCCACCACCGUCUAGAGCUCCCACAGCUGCACCUCCACCACCGCCUCCGUCCAGGCCAGGUGUAGGAGUCCCUCCACCGCCGCCAAAUAGGAUGUACCCUCCUCCACCUCCAGCCCUGCCCUCCUCAGCACCGGCAGGGCCUCCACCACCACCUCCGCCUCUGUCAUUGGCGGGGUCAGCAGCACCGCCCCCGCCCCCACCCCCACCCCCUCCACCGGGGCCGCCACCUCCCCCUGGCCUCCCUUCUGAUGGUGACCAUCAAGUUCCAACUCCUGCAGGAAACAAAGCAGCUCUUUUAGAUCAAAUUAGAGAGGGUGCUCAGCUAAAAAAAGUGGAACAAAACAGUCGACCGGUAUCCUGCUCUGGAAGGGAUGCACUUUUAGACCAGAUACGACAGGGUAUUCAGCUGAAAUCUGUAUCUGAUGGCCAAGAGUCUACACCACCAACACCUGCACCCACUUCAGGAAUUGUGGGUGCAUUAAUGGAAGUGAUGCAGAAAAGGAGCAAAGCCAUUCAUUCUUCAGAUGAAGAUGAGGAUGAAGAUGACGAAGAAGAUUUUGAGGAUGAUGAUGAAUGGGAAGACUGAUCUAUAUAUUAUAUAUAUAUAUUUUUAAGGUGAAAUACUAAACACUACUUUCUGUCUAUGGAUUCUGUAAAAUUAUCAUGUAAAUGUUCUACCAACUUGCUGUAUAUUUUUGUUGCCUUUUUUGCUUUUUUUUUAUUAAUCUGUGCAAUACCUCAUUUAAUCUGUAAAGGUUUGUCAAAAUCCUCUACAAAGCUACUCCCUGUUAUUGUGUGCAAGUUUACACCAGGAUGCUCACUUAAUUUGUGAAUAUUUUUCAUUCCAUCAACAAGGGAGUUUAAAUAUUAUUUGUGAGACUGACAAAAACCUUAAUGUAAUUUAGUUAUAAUGCCAGAAGGAAAAACACUAUUUUCAUACCCUACUUUUUCUGUACCUAAAUUUUCUUAUUAAAAUCUAGUAUAGCACUACAUUCUUUUUUAAGUGAUACAGACCUUAGUUUAUUUAGCCCCUUCAUUUUGAACACCAUGCUACAUGAAUGUUGAAGCUGACACAUUGCACAGUUCUCUAGACAUCACUACACUGAUGCAGUUUCUCAAGUUGUAGCAGUAUGCUCUGCAUAAUGUCACUACAGAGACGCUAGUUGGGAAAAUCAGUAACACACCUCUUAGAACAAUAUUGCCUGUUCUUGUACAGAAGUGGUAUUUGGAGGCUGGAAUCAUAAGGAGACCUUGCAUACCUGUACUUGUCUGAGAUUAUUUUUAUGCUAUAGCAAAUGUGUCAGGCUCUUUUUAGCAAAAAUUUAAAAAUAUUUUUGGUAUUACUCUUAAACAGUUUAAGUUUUUGCAGUUUGGGGGAUUCUAGGGCUAAUAUUCUACUUGAACUGAAGGAGGCUAUACAUUAUGGUUACUUCAGUAUCUGGUUAAAUACACUAUAAAAAUUAGAACCUUAUAAAAAUGAUGUGGAAUUAUUUUUAUUGUGUAGUCUGUGUGGAUUGAGGUAUUCAGAAAUACCAGCCAUACAAAUCGAAUCUAGCUGGCAAAGGUAAACGCUGUAAUGCUGAACCUAUUACGCUAUUUAAAAUUUUUAUAAUUUGUCAAGGUUUUUGUCAAAUGUCAGGUGAAGGGUUACAUUUUUCUUAAAAGAUUGGUGGUCCCAGUGUCAUAUUUCUUGAAACACAUAACUGAAUGAUAGAUUCUUUUUUUUAAAUAAAACUUUACAACCUGCACAUUUGUUAUGUAUACUAAAUGAUGUGUUAAAAUUAGGGUUUCCUUGCCUCUCUACAAUACACUAAUCUGCCUAAAGGUGGUUGUUUUCAUAUUUAUAGUGCUAAUUAUCAUACCUACCUACUUUAAAUUUUAGGUAGGAAAAUGAUCUGAUUUAAAUACAGACACGUAUUUUUCUCACAUUGAGUCAUACGCAGAAUGUAGUUCCAAAUGUAUUUCAGUACUAUAAUCACAAUAUCCAACUAAAAAUUAAGCUCUCUAGAAUUGUACCGACCAAAAUCUGGUAUUUGGCAUGAUCUUGACAGGCUGGACCUGCAAGAUAUGGCUUGAAUUUUAACCAGUUAUCACAUAAUCUCUAAUGAUCAUCUAGUUAUCAUAAAUAAUUUAAAAGGUUUUGUUGCUGAAAGCAGUAAGUGGUGCAGUAAGAUAGUUAAGUUAUUCAAAGAAUGUUACCUUUCUUGCAAGAGUAAUUUAAAUACAUGGGAAAGAUUCUAGACUUUUUGUUUCUUGCAAAAACAGUGCCCUCUGCUGCUAGAAACCUUUUUCUGCUUACUCUCAUUUUUAUCGUGGCUUGAGCUCAGUGACACUGAGUCUGGUGUGGAUGAGGCUGGACAACUACUAACCAAUAGAGUUAGGAAUUUGUGCAAAUGGUAAAUAGAACAUUAUAAUUAUUUUAAGUAAUAUUAAGCAUCCUCCUUUUUUUCAUUUGACAUUAUAAAAAACAUUUUAAAUAUCCUAGAAAUGUCUUUAAGGUAAUGCCAGUUUAAGAUCUCUCUUAACUUUUGGCCAAGGAAUUCAGGGUUUUCCAGCUAACUUCGGUGUGAUAAAUAUUUAUCAGGAGCUGCUCUGAAUAAAAGGAUAUCAAUUCUUUGAGUUGGAAACAAUUUUAAACAUGUAAGAUGGGUAUAAAAUUUGCCAAAGGUAAUUGAGUUUAUUCUUCUUGAGGAAAAAAAGGCUUUCUGUUAUUGUUGUUGCACAAAGUCUAAAUUACUAUUGGUUGAAACACAGCAGCUGUGGAGUUCAGUCCAGGCAUGAUGACUAGAUCCACUGUAGAUGUAAAGGUUGCAUGUUUCGGUCCUCCACCACCUUGCACUGUGGGCAGCACUAUACCUGUGCGUUGUCUGAAAGCCUCCCAUAUAUUCUGCAGCUAAAUGAUUGUCUGAUAGCCUUCGCAUUUAACAAACUUAGCAUGAGGCUUUUUAUAUGCUACGUGAUAGACAAUUUCAGCUAGCCACAUAUUGUAUGUGUGAGAUUCAUAAAGACUUUUCAAUCAUUCAUUUCCAUUUAUCAACUGAAAUUUUGUUUAGUAUGUGAAUUUUUUUGAAAUGUAUAGUGAUAGGAUGUUGCACUGGUGGCAAUUCAUCAUGGAGCAUAAUAAAAUUAAUUUGACCCAAAUAGGCUAAAAUGCUGUGUUUUUCUUUAUUGUGAAUAGAUUAAAAUGGAUAAAAACAUUUUUUUAACUGUAGAUUAUAGUAAAGGGUACACAGCAGUGAAUGAUGAUGGUUGAAGUUUUCAGCAGACUGCAUGCCCUGAGAGAGUGUGCCAUUAAAUAAACACGGUGAGCAAAAAGAAUGUUACACCCUGUUCUGCUGGGAAAUGGGACAGCUGCUCAGCUCCCUGGAAGCCACUGCUGUGGUAUACAGAGCUUUCACAUUGCAAGGUCAAACUGGAGCUGUUUGGCAUACUGAAAAUGUUGCAGUUCCCUAAAAUCAGAAUGAUACUGCAGUUUACUGGUCAUUUCAGUAAAAGCUAAAUACAGCAGUUCAUGUGGGACUUAAAUAGCUCUUAAUCAAUGG